UGUAGUUUUACCAGCAAAUAAUUUCCUUGACAAGCCCAUAAAACCUCUGCGCGCCUCGCCCCACCAACCCUAAGCGCCCUGAUGGCGCGGGCAGGCCCCUGGGGACUGCUGGACGCCUGCGCCAAAGCCGCUGUGACUUGGCUGCGCCGCGCGCUGCUAUUCCUGCUGUACCUGACGGGCCAUGUGCCGGAGCACGUUGCAUUCGUGAUGGACGGCAACCGGCGCUAUGCGGAGCGGCAGCACGUGGACAAAGCCACCGGCCACACGCACGGAUACGGCAAGAUGGUGGAGGUGAUCCACUGGUGCAUGGAGUUGGGCGUGCGGCACAUCAGCGUGUAUGCCUUCAGCAUCGACAACUUCCGGCGCUCGCCGGAGGAGGUGACGGCGCUGAUGCGGCUGGCGGAGGACAAGUAUUUUGAGCUGGCACGGGAUAACGGGCUGGCUGAGCGCGAGGGCAUCUGCAUGCACAUCGUGGGAGACCUGACACUUCCGCCGCCGUCUGUGCAGGGCGCGGCGGCGCGGCUCAUGCGCAACACUGCGGCGUUGCGGCGCCAUCGCGCAACCCUCAACGUGUGCUUCUCCUACACCGCGAGUGAGGAGUCAGUAGCGGCGGUGUCGGAGCUGCAGGCGGCAGUGCGGCAGGGGCUGCUGCAGCCGGGCGACGUGACGCCGGUGGCGCUGCAUGGCGCGCUGCGCACCCGCCACGACUGCCCGCCCGUGGACCUGCUGGUGCGCACCUCGGGCGAGACGCGACUGUCCGACUUCCUGCUGUGGCAGGUAGCGCACGCGCACCUGUGCUACCUGCCCACGCUGUGGCCCGACCUGUCCGUCCUGGAUUUUGCGCGCUGCGUGCUGUCGUACCAGCGCCAGCGGCCGCUGCAAGAGGCCCUGCGGCAGAAGGCGGCGGCCGCGGUGGCGGCUGCGGCCGAGGCGGGGCCAGGAGUGGCUAGCACGGGGGCCGGCGCUGGUGCAGGCGCGGGGAAGGCAGAUGGGCAGGUGGGCGCCGCGGCGACGGCUGGCGGCGUGCGCAUGGCCUGUGGCGAGCAGCAGGAGGUGGCGGCGGCUUCGACAGCAGGUGAACAGACUGGCCUGCGGCGCCGCAUGGGCAGCAGCGGUCCCGCAGGGCCCCACCAUGUUCAGCAGGCGCCUGACAACGGUAUCAGCUUGGACAGCGCUGCUAGCGAAAUGCGCACAAGCUUGUGGGCGUUGUGUCGGCGCUAUGCUAGCCUGGCGGCGCCGGCCUCGAUGCCCGGCGCCAAAUGCUUUAGUUCGCACGGACACAGCGCGUCGUCGCCCGAGCCACCGCGUGCUGACCCACAUGGCAGCUCCGCCGGCAGCCGUGGCGUCCCGUGCGCGGGUGAGGGCUCGAGCGGCGGCGGGCUGGAGGCGGCGCAGUGGCGGCUGGCGCGUUUCUUUGACAGGCUAGAGAAGGCAAGGAUAGCGUGGAUUGCGAGUCACGUGGACCUCUGAUACGGCGGUGGGUUCCGCGUUGUCAGGCGCGAGGAACCGGGUGCGCAGUGGUACUGUGAGUGCACGCAAGGCUGCACGGAGGGUUGGGUUCGUCCACAGCACAGCUGGGGCUGGGUAGCACGACCUCAACUUACUGAGGGCAAGCGCAUAGAAGUGUGUAUCUGGGUUGGGCCAGGCGAUCGGUCGAGUGGCGCCUGGGGACGAGGGCCAAGUGGUAGGCCGCGUGGCGCCUGGGGCUGGGGCGCCCUGUUGCGGCCGGUUUGCAGCGAGCGGGUCAGGCCAGCGGAGCAGGUCAGGUAAUCCCGGAACUGACGCCGAAACGCCAAGCUUCAGACAGUCCUCUUUUUGACAAAUUA